UGUGCUCCUGCCUGUGUGUGUGUGGUGUGUGGUGCGGACUGGUGUUUUAGCUUCAGUGUAUGUGUGUGUGUUAAUUACUGAGUGUGAGUGUGAUGAUGAUGACGAUUCUGCUGCUGAUGAUGAUGAAGAUGAUGUGGCUGGUGGUGUGUGUGGGGCCUGCGGAAAGUGGAGAAGCCGGAGACACACACCCACACACACACUUUGCUGAAGCCACCAACCUGCAGGACGUGCAAGCUAUGCUGAGACAGACGAGAGCACGCAUUGCACAGCAGAGAGAAGAGCUCACACGCACCAACACACACCUGAGCACACUCAUACGGAGGACGCAGAAACCCAAAAAAGGCUAUGAGGCUGCAUUCACUGCCACGUUUGGGCCGAGAUAUGGCAACAGGCCCAUCGGCCCCUUUGCCAAGGACACCACCCUCAUCUUCGACCAUGUGAUCAGCAAUGUAUAUAUCUCCAAUGAUUUUGUUCUUUUAAGAGAUCCUUACAACCCAAAAACAGGUGUCUUCACCGCUUACUACUCCGGUUCCUAUCAGUUCCACUUCCACCUGAUGGGCUCAGGGCAACAUGGUACAGGGGCCUGGCUGGAAGUCAAUGGGGAGAGGUGGAAGGGGCCUGUGCUGGGAGCGUACAGCCCAAAGGCACCCCACUCCGUCACCACCUCUCAGACUGUUGACCUAUACCUAAAGUCAAGAGCCCAGGUGAGUCUGCGGCUGAAGAGAGGCUAUUCAGUGAACACUCUUCCUGAUUUCGCCUGCACAUUCAGUGGAGUACUGAUCAGAUAACUUGUUCCAGGGUGCCUUGUACAGUAUGUUUUCAUAAGCUGAAGAACAGCAGCAAUUCUACUAAUUUGGGUUAGGACAUAGAGACACAUUUUUUGUCAUGGCAGAGCUGACCAUUGGGUAAUUGCCUGGUCUGCCUUUAGGUAAAAAAACAACAACUCUGAUUAAGACUUUUUCCUCAAGACAAGGCUUGUGGUAUGAUGAUAUGACAACCAUUUAGCUUGGCUUUUCGCUGACUUGCCCACUUCCCAGAGGGCAUCCAGUGUCUACGCCGCAUCAAUAAAACGCAUCUGCUAGUUGAAGCUACAAUCUUAUAUCGCUUUCCUUUCACUUGUCUACCAGAAGGCUGGGCCCAUGACAGAACUAGUGUGUCAUUUGAUGAAAUGUUUAAAUCUCAAAUAAAAUGUGUUAUUGUCUUAA